GGUCCCGGGAUGCCCCUGCCCGAGUCCAACGAGCAGGAGGGUGAGAGUGUGAAGGCUGGCCAGGAGCCAUCCCCGGAACCAGGCACAGACGUCGUCCCGGCAGCCCCCGGGAAGUUCUCCAAACUGGUCCUGCUCACGGCCUCCACCCAAGAUGAGAAUGGGGUGGGCUGCAACCCCCAGGAAGUGCACUGCGUCCUCUCCCUGGAGAUGGCUGACCCUACCACCCUCACCAGGACCUUGCAGAUCCUGCCCGCUGAGGAGCAGGGAGGGGUGGUCCAGCCAGCCCCCCAGAUGCCUGAACAGAAGUGCAGCAAGCUGGACACAGCCCCCCAGACCCUGGAGUUCCUGAAGACACCAUUCGGGGGCCGCCUCCUGGUGCUGGAGUCCUUCCUGUACAAGCAGGAGAAGGCUGUGGGGGACAAAGUGUACUGGAAGUGCCGCCAGCACGCUGAGCUGGGUUGCCGCGGCCGGGCUAUCACCCGGGGCCUUCGGGCCACAGUGAUGCGGGGCCACUGCCAUGUGCCCGAUGAGCGAGGCCUGGAGGCCCGGCGCCAGAGGGAGAAGCUGCCCAGCCUGGCCCCGCCAGAGGGCUUGGGAGAUCCCCAGGGUCCUGAGGGCCCUGGAGGCAGAGUGGAGGAGCCACUGGAGGGGCUGGGCCCGUGGCAGUGCCCCCAGGAGCUAGAGCCGGAGCCCACUCCUGGGCUGGUGCUGAGCAAGGCAGACCGAGAGGAGGACGAGGGACCACGCACCCUGUCGCUGCUGAGCCUGCCGCCCAAGAAGCGCUCCAUCCUGGGGCUGGGACAGGCCCGGCCCCUCGAGUUCCUGAGGACGUGCUAUGGGGGCAGCUUCCUGGUGCAUGAGUCAUUCCUCUACAAGCGGGAGAAGGCCGUCGGGGACAAGGUGUACUGGACCUGCCGCGACCACGCGCUGUACAGCUGCCGGAGCCGCGCCAUCACCCAGGGACAGCGGGUGACCGUGAUGCGUGGCCACUGCCACCCGCCCGACGUGGAGGGUCUGGAGGCCCGGCGGCAGCAGGAGAAGGCCGUGGAGACGCUUCAGGCUGGGCAGGAUGGCCCUGGGAGCCAAGUGGACACGUUGCUUCGAGGCGUGGACAGUCUGCUCUACCGCAGGGGCCCUGGUCCCCUGACUCUGACCAGGCCCCGGCCCAGAAAGCGAGCAAAGCUCGAGGACCAGGAGCUGCCAACCCAGCCCCAAGCCCCCGAAGUAUCCCCAGACGCGGACCAGGGCAUGGACGCAGACCCUGGAGGCCCUGAGUUCCUGAAGACGCCCCUGGGGGGCAGCUUCCUGGUAUACGAGUCCUUCCUCUACCGGCGAGAGAAGGCGGCCGGGGAGAAGGUGUACUGGACCUGCCGGGACCAGGCGCGCAUGGGCUGCCGGAGCCGCGCCAUCACCCAGGGCCGGCGGGUGACUGUGAUGCGUGGCCACUGCCACCCGCCCGACCUGGGGGGUCUGGAGGCCCUGAGGCAGCGGGAGAAACGCCCCAACACGGCGCAGCUGGGGAGGCCAGGAGGCCCUGAGUUCCUAAAGACGCCACUGGGGGGCAGCUUCCUGGUGUACGAGUCCUUCCUCUACCGGCGGGAGAAGGCGGCCGGGGAGAAGGUGUACUGGACCUGCCGCGACCAGGCGCGCAUGGGCUGCCGCAGCCGCGCCAUCACCCAGGGCCGGCGGGUCAUGGUCAUGCGCAGGCACUGCCACCCGCCAGACCUGGGCGGCCUUGAGGCCCUGCGGCAGCGGGAGCACUUCCCCAAUCUGGCACACUGGGACGGCCCAGAACCCCUCCAGCCCCUGGAGUUCCUGAGGACUUCUCUCGGGGGCAGGUUCCUGGUGCACGAGUCCUUCCUUUACAGGAAGGAGAAGGCAGCCGGGGAGAAGGUGUACUGGAUGUGCCGGGACCAGGCUCGGCUGGGCUGCCGAAGCCGCGCCAUCACCCAGGGCGACCGGGUCAUGGUCAUGCGCAGCCACUGCCACCAGCCCGACCUGGUGGGCCUGGAGGCCUUGAGGCAGCGGGAACGGCUCCCCAGCACAGCACAGCAGGAGGACCCAGAAAAGAUCCAAGUUCAACUGUGCUUCAAGUCAUGUUCUCCUGAAGGCCAGCCGCUUUCUGGGGACAUCAAAGAUGUCAGACUGACCGGCGAGUCCCAGUGAGGUGACACAUGCAGAGGAGCUCUGUGCCGCCCAGUGAGGCGGCUUCACAUCCACGCAGGCUUCCCAUCUACUUCGGUUUUGCUUGGCAGAAACUUUUCAUUCUUCCAAAGCAUCGCUGGCCUUCACAUAUCCUCAGGAGGUUUCCCAGGAGGAAUUCUUGGAUGGUGUCCUUGUGUCGGCAGCGAAUGGUGCUCAGAGCCGGUGCUUGCAGAUUCGGGUGCAGGGGGCAGUGUGGUGGCGCUUUCCUGAGCUUCGGCAGACAUGAGGAAGCUGCCUGGACGUGGACACUCCUGCUGUCUGGCUACCAGCGCCCCUGGCUUUGCAGAGCAUGCCACCUUCCCCGGGCUUUCCGCCUGGCGAGGCCCUGGUCUGCUCGGCACGGUGCAAAGUGAAUGUCGCUGUCUCAGAGCCUGCGCACACGUGUGGAAGUGCCUGCUUCAAACGGAGCUGUGCCGCGUAGGCUGGGUCAGGCCACACCGGUCUUUUCUGGACAGGUGCUGGGUAGGUUUUCCUGGUGUCUGGCUGCCUGCUGCCAGGGUGCGGCUGUCCCUGGCAACCAGAGCUGGCCAAAGCACAUGCCUUGCUCCGCGCUCCAGGCUUUGCUGUCUGUGCGCCUCCCAACUUAAACCUCUCCACAACAUGACGGCAGGUGUCGUCCCGAGACUGGAGCCAGCCCAGAGGUCGGCAGGGGCCCGUGCCGGGUACACACGCCCUGGCUGAGGCCAGCGGGGUCCUGGGUGGCCCAUGUACAACUGAAGUCUGAAGCUUAGGUGACAGCAGAGGCACGCCCCCAUCUGUGGGGCAGCUUCACACAGUGCAUCUUCACCAGUCAGAGGGAACAGUCCAGAGGGGCAAGAUGACCCCACCAGGACUGCAGAGCUUCCUGCUUACCAACAAGGACCUGUCCUCAGCCACGAGAGUCCCUCCGUCCCACCCUGUACUUGUGGGGGAGUGCCGGCAUCAGGCGCAUCGCCGCCGUCCACUGCAAGGCUGGGACAGCCCAGUCGCCCAUGCUUCUCUGCUUGUGUGGUUCCCCCAAUAAAUCCUGUUUUGCAUCUCA